GGGCCUUGCGGAAUAAUGAUCCUGGUGCAGCUGCGUAAGGGGGAAAGGAUUGCAAGACGGAGAGAUGCUGCCAAAUAGUGAGCUGUUUGAUAUUACAGGUGACAUAGCUGUCUGCGGCGUGGGUGUCUCCCUGAUCCAUUUCCAUUUCUGUCUGCUAAUAUUCUAUGGACCCAGCUGACCAGGUGCAGAAGGGUGAAGAUUACAUACCCGUAUUUCUUUAACCUGUGAAAUCCUAUCUGCUCUCCAAGCUGGCGAUGUCAAGGGUACCGAGUCCUCCUCCUCCGGCAGAGAUGUCAAGCGGACCUGUUGCAGAGAGCUGGUGUUACACUCAAAUUAAAGUGGUCAAAUUUUCCUACAUGUGGACCAUCAAUAACUUCAGCUUUUGUCGAGAGGAAAUGGGUGAGGUCAUCAAAAGUUCAACAUUUUCAUCAGGAGCUAAUGAUAAAUUGAAAUGGUGUUUGCGUGUGAACCCAAAAGGCUUAGAUGAAGAAAGUAAAGAUUAUCUUUCGCUCUACCUGUUAUUGGUCAGUUGUCCAAAGAGUGAAGUCCGAGCCAAAUUCAAGUUCUCUAUUUUGAAUGCAAAAGGAGAAGAAACAAAAGCAAUGGAGAGCCAGAGAGCCUAUCGGUUUGUGCAAGGCAAAGACUGGGGAUUCAAGAAGUUUAUUAGAAGAGAUUUUCUUCUAGAUGAGGCGAAUGGGCUCCUUCCAGAUGACAAGCUCACUCUCUUCUGUGAGGUGAGCGUAGUACAAGACUCUGUCAAUAUCUCUGGCCAGAAUUCCAUGAACAUGGUGAAGGUACCUGAAUGCCGUUUGGCUGAUGAGUUGGGAGGUCUCUGGGAAAACUCUCGCUUUACAGACUGCUCCCUGUGUGUAGCAGGCCAAGAGUUUCAAGCUCACAAAGCCAUAUUAGCAGCCCGCUCUCCAGUUUUCAGUGCAAUGUUUGAACAUGAGAUGGAAGAGAGUAAAAAGAAUCGAGUUGAAAUCAAUGAUGUGGAACCUGAAGUUUUUAAAGAAAUGAUGUGCUUCAUUUAUACGGGGAAGGCACCUAAUCUUGACAAAAUGGCUGAUGAUCUGCUUGCAGCUGCUGACAAGUAUGCUUUGGAACGUUUGAAAGUGAUGUGUGAAGAUGCUUUGUGCAGCAAUUUGUCAGUGGAGAAUGCAGCAGAGAUCCUAAUUCUGGCUGAUCUACACAGUGCUGACCAGCUAAAAACUCAGGCAGUUGACUUCAUAAACUACCAUGCUUCUGAUGUCAUGGAGACUGCAGGCUGGAAGUCGAUGGUAGUGUCUCACCCUCAUUUGGUAGCAGAGGCUUAUCGUUCACUGGCCUCUGCACAGUGCCCCUUUCUGGGACCCCCACGCAAACGACUGAAGCAAUCCUAAGGCUGGGUCCCCCACUGCACAACCCUCUGUCUGUUUUUUUCUUAAAAAUUUUUUGAAGUAGCAACAGAAGCAGUUGCUUCUCCAAACUUGACCAUCAGGUAGAUGAUGCAACCCGUGGAGCUUUUUAUUUUGUUUUGGGUGGGUCAGGGAGGGUUGGGAGGAAAAGUGUUUUGGGACAUGCAGACUUCUAAACAAAACAAAAAACAGUACCAAAUCGACUUUGGGGCAAACAGGGGAGGGAUACGCUUUGGGAAAGGGGAUUGUUCAACCUUCUGUUGCUGCAUUUUCUGUGUGUUUUCCUUUGAAUGGCUGAGUCAAGAACUUAAAAAAUUGACUAGGCAUACAAUUCCACAAUCUUAAAUGGAAUUUAAAGUGAAAAAAAACCAACAAGAGGCUUCUUCAUCUAAUAGCACAGAAGAAAAUGGCAUGCUUGGAGCAAAGAAGACAUUUUCCUUUGUUUGGGAAAUCAAUUGUGGGGAAUGGGGGAAAUGAGUUGGCCGUGGCAAACCAAAUCCCAUGAAAGGAAGCAUCAGUGGAAUUUCUGUUAAAAGAUUUUUGAAACAAGGACAGACCUUCCGACCCAACUGAGAUUUCUACAGUUACCGUCCAGCCAUGAUGAGAUGAUUGCUGUGUCUUGUACAUGAAUUGGGAUGGAAAAGAAAGAAGCAAAUGAAUAAAUCCUGUCUAAAUGACAGCUUCUUAAAAAUGCUGAUAAAGGGACUGCUCCAGGAUACACUUUCUGGAAGACAGGGGUAGGAUGGAGACAGCCAUUAUCAGCUUUCAGGAACCAUUGUGGUUCCUCUUCACUUGGAAUGGGAUAUCCAAGAACAAUGGUUAAUUGUUUAGAUAUUGUGGGAGCUUUGUUCCUCUUCUCUUUUUCCUUGCUUAAUUUUUUUUUUUUAGUUCUCAACUCCCGUGAUUCCUCUUCCACAUAAAAAUCCUUUUUGUUUUGUUUUUUAAAAAGAAAUUUAAUUGUCCCUGAAUACUCAUGUCAAAGAUUUUUGUUCUGAGUUGCUAAAAACAACUGAGUAUUUGUAUUCAUCUACUGGUAUGUAGAAAAUUUGGUCCUGUUUCAUUUUAAGCCCAUUUUCUGUUACAGGUAAAAUGUUCCAAAAUUGUGGUAAAGCUCUUUUUCUCCUUUUGAGUUUUUUUUUGGGGGGGGGAGGGGUAUAAUUACUCUUUUGUACUGUGCGCUACUAUGUCUUGUCUUCAUGGGUUUUCUUUUCUUUUCUUUUUUUUUAAAACACAUUUUCUCCAAGUUCAGAUUUAGUUCUAUGUGUCUGUUUUAUUGAUGCAAAUAUUUCACACCCAGGGAUGAUAGCAGCAGCUGCUAAGGUAUUGGUUUAAUACUUUGGUAAGAUCUUGCUCUGAAAGUUGCCCUCUUUGGGGUCAUGAAGGCAGGUAUUAGUUCUUCAGUAUUUUGGGGGGGGGUAUUUUUCUCUUUAUCCUUUUCUACAAAGGAAAUUGGCUCAAGAGAUAAGUAUCUGAAUCUCUCAGCCUAUCGAUACCUCAAAUAGAGAUACUGCAUACCACUUGGAAUGGAUAAAGUCUGUCCUGUGGGAUCCUCAUUUUAUCUCUAAGCCUGAGAAAAAAUCCCUAAAGAAAAACAGAAGUAAUAUGGUACGGAGGAACACUUCCCCAAUUUAAUUAUAAUAAUUUACUCUGACGAUAAGCAUAAAAUUUGCAUUUUAGACAAUGGGAGUGCAGUUGAUGCAGUGCUUUUUUGGACAUGUCCUCAAAGUCCUUUGCCUAAUGUUGCCUUGCCUCACUAGAGCAGUGAAGUAAAGGUAAAAUAUUCCUCCGUUACAGAGAUGGUUUCUGGAAGAUUUUUUCGGUCUACUGCACAAACUUUGGCUUUGUGAAGGUCUUCCACACAAAUUCUGACCAGAUUUAAUCUACCUAGCUUUUCAGCCAAUUAGAUACUGCCACCUAGUUGGCACAGUGAUGAGGAGGACCUGAACAGAAAUUUAAAUUUGCUCCUUUUUAUGGCCUCAUUUAUUUUUCCCAUUUGAUGUCCCCGCUCACCAACUUCAGUUUUCAGUCUUCCUUUUCAACCUGAUUAAACUUUUUAUAGUUUGUGGACAUGAUUUGUUUUCACCAGACUCUUUAAUUAGCCUUUUGGUCCCAAAUAAUCUGCAUUCAAGAUAUUUUGUAGAAACCUUUGAAUUUUCCUUUGCAUUUUGUUAUCUCCCUUUUAUUUUACCACUGGCUUUGUUUUUAAGUUUUGGUUCCACUCUUCCCUUGACUUUGCUUUUAGAAAAUGUCAAUUUCUUUUGAGAAGCUGUGGCUGCCUUAUAAAAUGGAAAUAGGGGGUAACACUAGCAAAAGUGGAGCCCAAUGUUCUGACACCUUUAUGUUCAGAUAAAUGGGACAGUCCUUCAGGUAGAACUGUUUCAAUUUUAAGCUGCCUUAAUAGAGAACUGUGCCAGUUAAUGGUCCUAUAUCUGGCAGAAGUUUUCCAGAAGGUGAAAACAGAGGAGUCUUAAUCAUGAAGCAGAGCAAGCCAGAAAGGAAGUUAAUGAGCAAGUGAUCUAUAUACUAACAAGCAGAAGUAUAUAGAGAAAGGAGAUUCUUGAGUUAAAAAAUACCAAGAAAGAAGAGCAGUUUGAACUUAACUUAGGAUGGAACUGUUAGCCCAUGCCCAUGCCGGAAACAGGAGUGAAAUGAUCAUCCUUAUUAGUGGACAAGUGUUAAAGAGGUUGAUAAAGACUCUGGAAACCUGUGCAAAUUCUUGCCUCCAACGGAAAUGCGCUGUUUUCUUGCCCUUCCAUCAUCCCUGUUGCGAACUGGAUGAGGAUAAUAUUGAUCUAUCCUGCAGUAUUGUAGGAGUUCUGGGAUUUUUCUUAAAACACACACAAACACACAUAUAAAUCCAUAGCUCUGUACUGUUUACUAUUUCUCAGCAAAAAAAUUGAUUCAAAAAUGACACAUAUGUGGUGGUGACUCAGGUGGGAAUUUUCAACUUCCUUUUCACAAUAUUAAAAAAAAGACGCCUAAAGAAAUUGUCACAUGUAUGACAGGCUGAUCAACACAGUCAUAGCAAAGAUGCCUUAAAAAAACUGACUUUAGUAGCCAGCUAAAAUACUAUUUUUACUGGCAUAUUUCUAAAUAGAUUUGCCCUUGUUAGCAUUUUAAGGAAUAGUUAAUGGCUUCUGCAUUUUGGCUAAUAAUUUAGACUACAACUAUGGAUCUUCCAUUCUACAAGGCAGAUUAACAUGGAAUCAUUGCAUUUGACCUUGGAGAAGAAAAAAAACUUUAUGUAUCACAGCAAUUUUUAAGAUCUUAAACUUGCUUGAAGCCUUGUCCAUUAAGCUUGCACUACUCGUGUUCAGCAAAAUUCCAGUAAACCCAAUUUCCCUGCUUAAACAGCAUUUUGAAUAAGAAAGCAAGAUUUGUUAGCGAUGCAUCACAUCUGCUUCUCUAGGUAUGAAUAAAAAGUUGCUGUAAUUACUCCAAGAAAAGAAGCUGGGUUGUUUACCAAAAGGUUUGCUGUUACUUGACAAAGAUUUCAUCCCCAUUGGAUUUGCAAGAGCAGCUAUAACUGCUCAGGGAGUCUCUUGCCUCAGCUUCUACUUGGAAGAUGCAGACAUUCUUGCAAGAAGUUAAACGGACUUUGACAUCACCAGCCUUGCCUUCUCUUCAGGGAGGCAUUUGACUGGAAAGCAAGGCUGGUUUUGGCAAUCACCUCCCUGGGGGAGCCAUAGGCUCAGGGGCAAGAAAGGCAACCUCUUCGGGGACCUGUUUGACCCUUUCUUCCCCAGAGGAAAGAAGACCAAGAAUGUGCAUCCUCAGUAGUUUAGGAGAUUUCUUCCAAGCAAGGAAGGGAAAUUUUAUUUCUGUGACCUCAAGCAAAGAGACACAUUUUAAUCAGGGAGAGUGAUGGAUGGUUCAUUUAACACAGGUUAUAGGAGCCUGGGAUAAAGAAGUACAAUUAGUAUAGAAAAUAGCCAAAAACAUACUUUUGAAUCCAUAUUUGUUUCUCUUAACAUAAGUCCAUUUCUCAAUCAGAAAAAGCUAAGAUGAUCUCGGGCAAGGAUUUGAUGACAAUUCAAAACAGGAGGAGGAAUUGUUUUAUUCUACCAAACAUGUCCACCGAUUCAUUAAUGCCACUUAUAUCUGUUCUGGUAAGAGCUUGUUGUGAUAAAGAAAGAGUGUUAAAUGACAAAAUCAGGAAAGGGAAAAAAUAAUUGUAGGCUUCCAGGCUUCCUAUUUUUCUAUAUCCCCCCCCCCAAAAAAAAAUGCUCUGUGUCAUAAAACGCUCAAAUUGCAAGCCAGACUAAUGUAUUGGUUUUCUCAGUUCUGCUGUAGCCUAACUGGCCAUACAAGUAGCCUUUUAUCCUAUCCCAUUAUGACUGUUUCUCGUACUUAGAAAAUUGUCAUAUUCAUAAAAAAUUAAGAAAAUACACUAGGAAGUAAAGCAGUCAAAGCAUAAGUAAGUCUGCUGCUAUUUUAGCUCUCACGCUGAUUCUUUGUUCUGUGCCGAACUCUUAUCUUUUCUGUUAAUUCACAGCAUGAGAUGCUUUUGUGUGUUCUAACCAGGAAUAAGACUUGAUGGGGUGCAUUGUGCAAGUACCAGGGGAAGAUACAUAUAGCAACAAACACUGAAUUGGAGGGGGCAUCAUUUAGAGCUACAUUUUUAGUAAACAAGCAACAAAGCUGUGUCCUGAUUAAUAAUCCCAAGUCAAUCACAACAAAACAACAAUCUAGUAGAAUAUUCCUUAUGAAGUAGAAUGUUUCUUACGAUUGCUGUACUUUAGAUGCUAAGAUUAUAAUAUACAAUGAAGACAAAAGCAUGAUUGAUCUCAGGAGAGGGAGAAAGGUCCAAUCAGAGCAGUCUGACAAUAGAGCCAAUUAUGUUAGGAGAUGGUGGACUCAUUUUCAAGCAGAGACUGGUCACCAUCUGUUACUGAUGCUGGAUAGAGAAUGAGAUUCUGCGAUCUAAAUGGCUUAUUCCAGCUAUAUUAUUCUAAGGGAACAUACAGAAAAAUAAGAGCUGAAACUACCUACUACCCAAGUGGCACAUACAAAAAGAAUAUUUCUGAUGAAGAUUCACUGAGUUCAGAGAGUUUAGGCUUUUGAGAUGUUCCAUUUUCCUUGGACCUGUGGUCUGACGCAUAAGUAUGUGUAAGAAAUUUGCCACAGGGAAGGACUUGAAAACCUUGUUUUUUGUUUAGUGUAAAAUUAAGGAAACCUGGUAUGCAUUGUUCUCUACAAAUGCCCCCCCUCCAACUGUUAGAACUCUAGCUGUUGUUAAAUAUUAAUAGAUGUUCACCAAAUUUAAGGAGUGCAAUUAAAAUUUAAACAUUGUAGAGACUUUAGUACACCUGUUCUAUGAAAUCCAAAACAAAAUGGCAAAAACUGGACUGGUCUUUCUAAAAGAUAUUCCAGAUUUAAGGCAUUUAUUAACACUACUCAAAACAUGAAAGAAAAUAGAGAAGGGGCAUUGGGCUUAAAGCUAUGCCAUCAUGUUAUCAGAACAAUAGCAUAACUUGUAUUUAUAUAUGAUUGUGCUUAUAUUUGAUACAUAGAAUGCCCUAUUGUUCUUAGGGUUUCUUAUUCAUACUACAACUGUUAUUAGGAAAGAAAUAGAAAAGCACUCGAUUGACAAUAGCUUUAAUAUUGACCAAAGUGCACCAAAUCUAUCUGUACCAUCCUGACCUCAGUAUGUAUAUAUAUACAUGAAUAUGUAGCUAUGAAUAGAUCAUGGGACACUAAGAAUUUAGUGUGGCCUGUGGCUCAAUUCUGGAAAUAGAUGAAGAUGCAUUUCAUAUGGCAUAAGGGCAAAUUUUAAGUAGUAGUUGUAAGUUGUAUUACUAUCUCCUUUGGCAGAUGUUUUAUGUCUUAAGUGUUAAAAUACAUAGAUAUAUUUUUAUUGCAAGGGGGAAGGUAGUACUUAGAUCACAUUUCAUAUGUUUAUACUCAGUUUCUAUUCAAUCUAUAAUCAAACUUCCCUAAAUGGCAUGGAGAAUGUCAAAAAGCAACCCAAGAUUAUACAAAUAGCCAAAAAGCAAAAUAAAUAUACCAAAACAGCAAGUUGAUAAGGUCAUCUGGAAGAUGGCACUUGAUGAUUUGAUCUUUGGAACAUGCAGUGAUAAGAAACUGACUCCUGGUAAAGUGAUCUUAAGGUGUUACAUCUGUAGAGUGCAACCUCCCCAAACUUGGUACCUUCCUUCCCAUGUUGGUUUUAAUCCCUCAUCAAUCAAUUGGGAAAGAGUGGCACCAUCCAUCUACUGACCUAGCAUGUUAGAUAGUAUGGGUAAUGUAAGGUUUAAGGAUAAGGUCAGUUCAGCCUAAUCUCUCCCUUUCACCCUGAGAUUAUAGGAGGCCAACAUUUCCUAUAUUCUCUAGAGAUAAAUGUACCAUUGUGAAAGAUUCAUGCUGAACAAACAGAAAUCAUCCUGACUUUUUGAUUCUGCCCUUGGACUUAAGCCUUUCCUUUAAACAGAUGGAGUAAUGGGACUUGUGGAAGAGGGUAUGAUUUCAGUAGAAUAUUGAUGAACCUGGAAAAAAAGAUAUACAGCCAAAAUUAAAAUGUCCAUAUCCUUGGAGGAAACUAUUAAUAUAUUGUAUAAAUAGUUCCCAAAAGAAUUAACAUUUUAAUAUAUUAUUCAGAAACAAGUUAAUUCCUGUAAACUGUUUAUUACCUCUAAUCACAAAAUAUCUCACCCUUGAGAUAUAUUUCCAGAAGUGGCAUUACUUUGAGCUUUUGGGGAAAAAUGCAUCCAAAAUUGAAAUACAGUGCAGUAGUUCUGAGAACAUCCAUCUGGGCAACUUUAUAUUUCAGGGAGCUGCUUAGGAACUGUUCACGGAGAACUCCAGAUCAAUAUUUAAGUGAGAAAGGAGGACAUGUUCAACAAAGCAAGUAAAAAAGAUAUUUGAGUUCUUUGAAUAAUGUAUGUACUCUAAUAGAUCUGCAACCCAGUGUCCCCUGUGCUUGUGUUACAUAAAAAAAAUUCUCUGUUAAUACUGUUUAAUUAAUUUGAUAAAAAUUUUAUUUUGAGAUGUUUCUAAAAAGAGAAGGUACUUUGGGAGAAAUUUUCAUAUAUAGUGUGUGGCAUUGCUGCACUGACCGAAGAGUUGUGCAAAUACUGUAUUUCACUUUAUUCAGUCACCUCGCCUCUGGUAGUUCAUAGGCUCUUUGGCUUUCCAUGUUCAAAUUAAAUAUUAAGAGAAUAUAUUUUGACACAGAUUUUCAGUUUUUGACAAGUAUAGGCAAGCAGGCAGGUUUCCAAACAUUGGAAAGUUAUGUAACAGAACAACAACACUUGAAGUAGUAGUUCUAGCCAUAAGUAAGUUCAAGAACAUCAAGAAUAAAUUUGAAAUGAGAUUCUUAUAUAUCCAAGAAUAAGUAAACAAUAAAAGCACAUUUUGGCAAUUUCUGACCAGUGUUAAUUACACUCAGUGAAUAGCUAUGGUGCUGAGGGAUGAUGGGGCUGCAGUCUAAAUAUCAAGCUCAUCCCAGCCCUAAAAUUACAGGGAAAAAAGCUACCUUUGAUCCAUAUGUGGAAAUAAAUUUUAUCUAAGCAUCUUGCUCAUUAUUGUCCUUGGAAUCUCAUCAAAAGAGGGCAGGGCAGUACAUCUGUGGUUGAUGAAGGAUAUGCCUUUAUGGCCAAAGCAAAUUGUCUAGCAGCCCACUGCAAAAUUUUGGUUAUUGCAAAAUCCUUUUAAAUGGUUAAUCAAAGUUACCUUGAAGAGAGAUGAUUAGAUGAUGGUAGUAUAUCUUAUCCUCAAGCUUCAUUUAUCAAUUUAAGAGUGUGGGAUUCAGUACCUUUUAAAAAAAUAAGCAAUAAUUGAUACAGCUGAAGCCAUCUGGCAAUGAUAGGAUCUGGGUUGCAGCAAACUGUUCAUAAACCUCCCACCAAUGCCCCUCCUGUCUGCCUUCAAAAGCCAAAUUGCAGUUCUCCAUGUAUGGCUUGUGUCGUGCUAGUGCUGCCGUGGAGUGGUGUGAGCCAGAUGAACAGUUGGGAGAGCUGAAUCCCACAACAAAGGGAGGGCUUAUUUAUGUAAAGCAUAAAUUAGCUCCUUAUUUAUUUGUUUACCUAUCUAACAAACAAACAAGCCACUUGCAAGUCCAAAGAUGGUAAUAAGCAAUGUUCUUUCUAUUUAUUUGAUUCUUUAGGGAAACUCAGGGCACUUUUCUUCCAACCAGUCUACGAUAUUCGGUAAAAAUAGUUUUUACCUUUUCCAAUUCUGCCUAAAGUAUGGUUUCCCAAGAGAAUAUACUGAACUCAGAUUUCUGGUUUUCAUUUUGUAAAAUAAGGGACCAAAUUAGAAUCCAACAAAUCUUUAUAUUACAUUUGCAGUUUGUGUUGUCAAAAAUAACCCUGUGGGUGUCCACAGAUUUGAUCUUUGGCAGCUCUGAAACAAAUAUGAAUAUAAAUGGAUCUUAAUUUCAAUUUUAAUUAUUUUUUAAAAGCCUAUUUUUUUUAAAAAAAGAGAGAGCCUAUUUUGACAAAUAUAUGGCAGUUUUGUUGGCUAGAGAAAAAUGUCUUGAAGUAGAAUUUGAAUGUAAUUAUAUUUGUGAUCUGUAAUAUUUUUGGAGGUCUAGUGAAAACACUGGUAUCCAUGGAACUUUGGAGCCUAACAUGUAUUACUGCCUAAACUUUUAUAUGCCAGGCUAUUUUGGUUGUGUUUUGUGAUAUAUUUCAGCCCCAGUGAGCUGUGCAGAGUGUACCAGUAUUAACACUGGCUAAGUUAAUCACAUAGGCAUAUCAUGGAAAUAUAAAUUGUCAUUUGGCAUAUAAAAAGCUUACAAUAUACAAGGGGUGAGAAACCUAGAGAUAUUCUAAACCUUAAAUCUCUGCAUAUAGUUCCAGUACCCAAGAUGACUUAGAUAGCUCAGAACUGAAUUUCUGUAGCAAUUGAAUAGCCAAAGUUUUAGAAUUCUAUUUCCCUCCAUGCAGUGCCCCAAACAAAAUCAAGCCAUUGCAUUUAAAAGUAGGAAAUUUAAAAUAUAGGCAUAGGCAAGUCAGAAAUAGGGAAAUAGGGGGAUACUGCAACAAAGGCUAAACAUUGCAAGGGAAUAAAAAAAAGUCAAGAUGGUUGCAAAGGUGUGACUGAAAAUUAGUUUAUUAAAAUAUACAGUCAUGGGUCAAACACUGGGAUUGAAGCUACAUAUGAACAGGAAGGUACUUCGUGGAUUUAGUUGUGGUUAUCACUUUGAGUUUUUGAUCUGCCUCAGACACUCCUUUGAAUAUCAACCAUAGUUUCUUCCCCAUUUUUACUCACUCAUUAUAUUAUGCAUUUUAGUUGUCCUCAUAAAAAUGUUGCCACAAUAUGGAUUUAUGUUCUUAUGGCCAAUAGAGAUGCUAUUACUUUAAGCUGGCUAUUCUAAAUGAAAUAUUUUUUAAGGAAACGUUAUAUUUGUUUUAUAUGAAAUAAUCACACAUUUAAGAAGGUCCUCAUUAGAUUGGACCAGUUUAAUUUCAUCUGGCAUUCUGUGGUUUGCAUAUUAUGCUACGUAAUAUGGUGAUUUGUUUUGUUUUAUUUAUAAGACUGUAUACUGCCUCAUUUGCAAUCAUCUCUUGGUGGUUCACAGUCCAAUAAUAAAUGCAAUAAAAAUAAAUAUUAAGAAAUAAAUAGUAAUAAUGCAAUAAUAUUCUAUCAAUAUUAAGUCACAUUGUUGUAUUUCUAUAAACAGUAUGGACUUCACUGGAUUUCACAUUUUGUGUGAAAUCAACCAUCAUGUAUAUGGAUCAGUAUGAUCAAACAACCAGCUGUAGUUUACUUAAAAACUGUGGCUAAAAGUGAAGUUCAGUUGUUUUGUGGAACUAAUUCUUAAAAGUACCCACUUCUGAAAAGCUUCUCCAUCAGAUUCACAAAAGCAAGAUUAUUCUCCCUUUGUCGUCCAGUUAACUUGUUCUAUGAAAUGAAUUUAUUUAUUUAUUUAUUUAUUUAUUUAAUUAAACUUUUAUACCGCCCUUCUCCCGAAGGACUCAGGGCGGUGUACAGCCUGCAUUAAAACAAUUUAUAUACACACUAAAAUAACAAUUAAAAAACUUAUUCCAAAAAGGCCGAAAUUAAAACCGUCCAAUUGACCAUAUAAAAUUGACUAGAAAAUGUUGGUUUUUUUAAAAAGACUCUCAGACUUGGCUUUUGAUAAUCAAAUAUCAUUUUAAAGCAAUCUAAACUUCCUUGGUGGCAAUGAAUUCCAUAAUUAAUGUUAGAUUGUGUUAAAUUCCUUUUCCGGUCUUGUACCUACUGCCCAUCAAUUUCUGUCAUUAAUGAGUUCUUGUGUGAUGAGAGAGGGGUAAGCAGAAAAGGAAUGACUCACUUUCUCCACCCCAUGCCUACUUUUAUAAAACCCAUAUCUAUGUAUAUGAGUUCUUAACUCAGAGGCCUUUGGUUUCCUCUUUGCCAGUAAAAUGAAAAAGUUGUCCAUUGCCUCCUUGAGGCAACAAUAAAUUUGGACAGCAAACUUCAAACCCCAGAAGCUUUGUGGAUUGUUUCCAACUAUCAGUCUAACAGUGAACCAACCAUUAUUGACUAAAGAGAUCUUUCACUCAAACUCCCUUGGGCUUUAAAUUAUUAUUGGUGGUGGAUUCUGCCAAGAUAUUUCUCAUUUUAUUGUGAGAGAUUAUUUUAUUUUUUCCCUUUCAGCAGUUUGUUCUCACCUUAUGAAAGACAACAGCUUGUCUGUUCACAAGCAAAACAACGAACUAAGCAGAGGGAGUUGCUGUUUUUUGAAAAUGCCUCAGCUUUUGCCUUAUGCUUUAAAAGCCAACUCUACUUCAUUUGUCUGUAUGAAUCUACAAAUAGAAAAUACUGUUAUCUUCUUUCGUUUCUUUUUAUUUUCAAAAGAAAAACGUUUGGAAUUUCUAACAAAGGCUUCAGUGCUAAGCUAAUUGUCUUGGCAGUGUAUAUGUGUGUGUGAAAAUUAAGCAUAAUAGUGAGUACAUAACUUUUUCCUCUGCAUUAUAUCUACAACCACCCUGCUAAUAGUCUCUUGUUAAAACUAUGCAAGCCCUAUAGAUACACCAAGGCACAUAAAAACAAUAAUAAUUACAUUAAUUCCUGAGGAUGGGAGAAUGCAAGGUAUAAGUGAUACCUUGAUUAGAACACUCAAAAAGGAAAUAAAAUGGCGUGCUACAGAAAAUAGGGAUAAGAAAGAAGAAACUAUGGAGUUAAGCACGAAAAGAAUCUUUAAUUUGGACAAUUUAUGGCCCUGUAGAAUUUUCUGCAUUACAGCUCCAAUUAUGCCUCCCUGUCAGCCCCUGAUUAGUGUUGAUAGGGGCUGGAUCUCAAUGACAUUUGGAGGGUUGCAUUUUGCAUAACUCAGCUUUAGAUUUAGAUCUUGUAUGCAAUUGCUCAUAGUGGCUUUUAAAUCAUGCUUUUUUUUUUUGCAUAGUGUUUAAUGUGAACCCAGCUAAUUAGGGCCGAAUCAAUAAACUAUAGUUAAGCAACUCAUGGUUUAGCAUGAUUUAUGAACCCAGGCUAAGAACUCCAUUAAUUGCAGAAUAUCCCAUGUGUGUUUAUACAUUUGCACACGGAUGCUCGAUCUCAGCAAUUAACCUCUUGUGGAUAAUUUCAGAGUGGGUUCAUUCUCUCCAAAUCUAUGAUCACCCUAGCAUUAGGAGAUCAGCCCUGCCUUUUCAAGAGGACAAUACUACAGAAGGUGAUACUGCUUGUUUAAAAAAAAAAACUACCCGAUCUGCCAUUCCAGGAUAUCUGAUUCUCAUCCAGUAUUGCAAAACACAUUGUCCCUUGAGUUGUCUGCAGUAAUCCCCCACCCCUGGUUUCUGCAUGUUGAAUAGAAAAGGUUGGCUUCUUGUCCUGGGGUCAGAUAGCAAAACAUUUUGGAUAGGCCUUGAAAUGAGCAAUCCUUUGAUAGCUGAGCUGUGGGCUAUACUUCACAUUUGCUGAGGACAAAAGAUUCAGAAACUUGUCACAGAAAUUAGUGGAGACAGAAAUUUUAUUUUUAACAUCUCUGCUUUAGAAGUCUCCUUUAAGACAUCUUAUACUUUGGUAGGACAGGUAUGUUUCUUGUUGAAAAGUGAUAUCACUGAUUUCAGAUGGUCAGAGAAGCUUUCAGCCAUUAUGAACCCCCUAAAGCUGCUAUAAGGAAGAAGUGUCUUAAAAUCCCGAUGCCAUUCUCUAUUCCAUAUUGUUUGAAAAUAUGAAACAAGUUGGCAUUAGUAAAUUGAAUAUGGAUUUUAAAUUUAUGUGUGAGAGAGAGAGAGAGAAAGACCGAGAGAGAGAAAGACCCUUCAGAUUCUGAACUGAAUGAAUGUAACUUCUGAAAGUGUUUUGGCUUAUGUUUUUGUAUGAGCAGAUUUGCAGGAGGUCCUGUAAUACCUGGGAGGGAAGGAGAGGAAGAGACGAUGGACUCCAAUAGAUGGAGUUUUGCUGCUAUUUCUACUCCAAGCUGCCAAAUGUCUGCAAGCUGUUUGGUUCAGCUCUGAUUCGUCUGCAUAUUUACAAAAGGCAACAGAGCUGCUUUUGUUCUAGUAGAGAGGAUUUGGAAAGGUGAAUAGUGAAGUGUAUUUAUAUAUUUGUGCCAGCAUAUGUUGGGGAAAGGUUCUGUGGGAAAACAGAGAACGCUUGGCUGUUGCAGAUGGUAUUUUGACCUGCCUGCCCUCUUCUCCAAGGCUGGCUACUACCUAUUUCUCAACUUGGACAUAUUGGAUUCAAAAACAUUGCAGAGACUCCCUUCCUAAUAAUAGCUUGUGGUGGCGGUACUGGAUUUUUGUCUUUUCUCUGCUAAGAGAAAAUAAAAUUUUGUUGUGCCCAGGCACACCAUAAUUAAUACCUCUGUACCAAUAACACACUAGGAGGUCAUUAUUGGUGAGAUGGAUCAUAAUUUAGUGAAACACUUCAAAACUUUCCAAAUUUACUUCCUGAUAUUUUCAGUAAGGCCAUUAUCUACAGCAUUAAAAUUUCUGCCAGUCAUUGUACAUUAGCUUUUCUUACUCUUAAUGCUCUUUUAAUACAGGUGAUUGAAACUCCCAUUGCCCAGCCAACACUGUCGAAAAAAAUGGAAGGGAUCUAUUUGGAGGACGCUCAUUGGAUGUUCUUAAGUAGAGAGAAGAAAACUCUUCUUUGUGUAGAUAGCUUUCUGUGAUCUUUGGCAUGGCUCUUUGGCUUUCUGGAAAAGUUUUCCCCAGGGAGGAGUACACAGGCUUAAUAGAAAAUAGCAUGCCACAUGCUGGAUUGUAUGUGGCAUUUGAUCAGGGCUGGCAUGAGGGCUACUGUUGAAUGAGACCCAACAGAUGAGUUGGAUUCUCUCAAAAAGAGCUGCUCUGGCCAGAAAGAAAAGAAUUGCCAUAACGAUGAUUGCUGAAUGAUUGGAAAAGGCUUCACUUAUACACGCACAUACAUACAUCACACAUAAAAAAAAAUACACAAGCAAAACAUGCACACACACAGAACACCCUUCAUUUGCAUGCUGUUCAUUACUUGGUUAUAGCCUCAAUCCCCUGGUGGCAGCAGAGAGGCCUAGCCAUCUGUUGGGUUGCUGAAUGACUUCUGGAGAAUAACUUGGUGGUCUUUGCGGCUGACAGAUAUAUCUUCUCCCCCCCCCUCCACUCUCCCGCCCCCCCAAGAUUACUGCAGCUGCCACUGGAUAGCUCCUUUUGUUGAUGCUUCCAGGGCACGUUUGCCCAAAUACAGGUCGAAAUGAUCCUUAAUAAGCUUCACCCUGUUGUGCUCUCUGUGGUUUUUAUGUGACUUGAAAAGAUGUCUCUCCAGAACGGAGGAGACAAGUUGGCUUAAUUAUGGAAAGUUCAAAAGCAAACCAGACAGCUCAGGCAGUGCCAGCCCCCCCCCCUUUUCACUACCACCCACUUUCUUUGCUUUUCUGCCCUUAGUCUCAAUACCCUGCAGGAAGCACGGGAAAGAAGCAAGAACUGGAAAAGGCCUUUCCUCAGAGGAAUCUCAGGCUAAUCCUGGCCUUCCAUCCUACCAUCUGAUGUUUGGGACAAAAGUAUUAAGAUGUGAUCCCAAACUGCAUGGUCUCCAGAGGUCUCUAUAUUGGGUGCCGAAAGCACCUUCCCUCAAAUUAAUCAAUCCAAAUUUUCAGACUUUUUUUGCAAUUGGGGGUUCAUGGUCAAAAUGGGUCUCUUAAAUCUUACAGCAAUUUAAGACAUAUUUCACGGCUUAAAGUUUGCAAAGAGAAUCAUGGCACAACUACUUCAAGCUGACAAAUUGCGUCCAGAAGUUGUAAAUGCUCCAACACUGGAUGUUUUUAAAAAGACAUUGCAUAACCAUUUCUCUCAAAUGGUAUAGGGUUUCCUGCCUAAGCAAGACCCACAAGCUCCCUUCCAAUUCUUCUCUUCUCUUCUCUUCUCUUCUCUUCUCUUCUCUUCUCUUCUCUUCUCUUCUCUUCUCUUCUCUUAUACUCUACUCUACUCUACUCCUAUUCCAAUCUACUCCACUCCAUUCCUAUUCCUAUUCCAUUGCAUUCUAUUCUGUUAUUAUUAUAUUGGUAUAUUACUUCUGGAUCAGAAGAAAAUAAUGAUGCCUAUUAGGAUUGGCUGAAGACAAUUUGCAAUACAAAACAAAGAACAAGAUUACUCGGCUUCCAUUUUGCUUUUUUCUGGUUUAUUUAAUAUAAUUUAUAUGCUUUCUGGGUUUAGUCUUUCUCUUAAGAUUAACCAUUCUACUAUUUCUUUGGCAUAAUUGCUAUUACUAACCUGGAAAGUUGAUUAGGCUGCAGGAGUCACUGACUGAAAGUCAAUGAACUUCAUGGAGCUCAAAGUAGCAUUUGUGGUUCUAUGCCCAUAUUAUCUUUGCAGCACCCCUUUUGCCCUUUGUAUACAAAUAGUACUCAACUAAUGUUCACAGUUGGGACCAGAAAUUCCAUUGUUAAACAAGGCAGUUGUGCCUGAUUUUAUGAUCUCUUUUGCCAUGGUUGUUAAGUGAAUCAUGUAGCCUUUAAGUGAAUUUAGCUUCCCCCACUGAAUUUGCUUAUCAGAAGCCAGCUGGGAAGGUCUCAAUUGGUGAUUACAUGACCCUGGGGUGCUGCAAUUGUCAUAAAUACAUGCCAGUUAGAAAGUGCCUGAAUUUUAAUUCUAUGGUCAAAGGAAUGCUACAGUAUAUAGUUAUAAAUGUGAAGACCAGUUGUCACUUUUUUCAAUGCUGUCAUUACGUCGAAUGGUCACUAAGCAAAAGAUUAUACAUCAAGGACUAUCUGUAUUAAGCAGAGAGGAGAAACUAGCCUAAGAUCAAACGGGAAUCUUUGUGGCUAGAGUAGGACUGGUGGUUGUCUCUCUCCAGCCUUAAAGGGCUGUGAUAGUGGUAGCAGUUUGCAUCAAGGCACAAUGAAAUACAGCUGAUUCUCACUGAGUGACCACAACUGGUACUGGCAACUCAAUCAUUAAGUGAAGCAGUUGCUAAAUGCAACCAUAGCUGUGCUAAUAAUCUUACUUUGGCUUUCUUUUGCUUUGCACACUUGCAAAGGUUGUAAAUAUGACGAUUGGUUGCAAAGUUGCUUUUUCACCAUUGUAACUGCAAAUGGUUGCUGUAUGAGGCAGUUGCUGAGUAGAGACAACCUGUAUUGAUUCACAGUCCUUGGCUAAAACUGGACCAUUUAAGAUUUCAUUUAUCCUGUACUUGCUGGCCUCUUUCUAAAGUUAUUAGACGUGCAGAGGACAGAUGGGUGCAUCUUGAAUAUUUCACACAAUUAUAAGGAAUAUAAAAUUAAAGGAGGGGAAGUAAUUUUGCCUUAAUAAAAUAGUUUCACAUUGCAUAGCAAACUUCUCAGAUUGGUAAUGACUUUUGUUUCUGAUUAUGGGAGGAGACUGCUGAUAUGGGAGGAGGGGUACAAAAAAAAUUAAGAUAGCAAUAUUUCAAAGUUCAAGGUUUAUUAAACAUCAAGGGAGGAAAAUUUUUGGAAAGUUCUCUUUUUCAAUAUACUCAAUGAAAAGCAGGCGUCCUUGGGAGAUAUAAAAUACUGAGGGUUUGGAGAUGGAGCAUAGGAUGUAAGGACUGAGAAACAGAAGCAAUAAUUUGUUGCUGGAGCUGGAAAUUAAUAAUAAUGAAGCCUUUGCCACAAAUCAAUCUAUUCAAGAGAUUUAUUUAUUUAUUUAUGCCUUGCUUUGCUUCUUCCAUUAGUUCUCUUUCUUCCUUUUAAAUUCAGAAUGUACAUUCUUUGGGGCAAAAGCAUUUUUUUUCUUCUGUAAGAAAGAAGAAGUUUGAAAUCUGCAUCCACAGUAGUGUUGGACUACAACUCCCAUCACCUCUUGAAAAAGCAGCUGGGAAGAUGCCACGCUAGGAAAGGCUGUUGCCUGCAGGAGGCCUCCUUUAAACAUUUUAACAACAGUUUUGCAGUUUAUUGCUGAUGAGAUCACUUGCUUCUGAUAGCUGAUUUUAAGGAAAAUUAGGGGACAGGGGAGGCCUGGACACAGGUGGAGGUCUUAUUAUCAUAGGUAAUUAAAGUAUACUAAUUAAAUUAAGACUCCAUCUGUUUGAGUUGUGCAAGCCAGCCAAGUCCUUUAAUUAAGAUACUGUGUUUACCAUAAUGGAGGCUAUGAGCAGAAGGCUUGAUUGCUGAAAAGGUAAGUAGAGAUAACUCAGCCAGUGAGGAAGGAUGUGCCAAGGAAUGAAUCUCUGAAGCUGCUGAAAUGGUUUAAUAAACUAAACAAACCAAACAGCAGCAACAAAGGCAGUUUGAAAGAAACCCUGGCUUUAUAUCUGGCUCAGAUAGACAAUCAUUGCUACUACUUCCUGACCUUUUCUUUUUAAUUUUAUCUGGUUUUGUGAAAGGCAUUUCAGAAUAAUCCCACCCUAAAGUGGGGAUUUGUGUUCUGGAUCAAUAUGGCCCAGGAAAUUUAGCAUAACCAUGUUUGAAUAUUUCCUGUAUCUAAUUUUCCUUCAACCAAAAUGAACAUAAUAGUUCUAUGCAAAAUGUGGACACUUCUGGUAAACUUGUUUGCUUCAGUGAAUUCCUAAGAGAACCAAUACUGACACAGUCCACAAAGGUAGAAAGUUAAACAUCUUUCUACGAAUGUGAACAUACACUUAUUUAUGUACAAUUAUUUAUAAACUGUUUGGACUCAUUUUCAGUCUUUGUAAUACUUCCUUUGGCAGAUAAACAGCUUCCAAAUACAGGUAGCCCUUGGCUUAUGACCACAUUUGAGCCCAAAAUUUAUGUUGCUAAGUGAGACAUUUGUUAAGAGAGUUUUGCCCAAUUUUAUGAUCUUUUUUGCCAGAGUUAAGUAAACCACUGCAGUUAUUAAGUUAGUAACACAGUUGUUCUAGGUUUGCGAGUUGUCAGAAGGUUGCAAAAGAUGACCCCAGGGACACUGCAACUAUCAUGAAUAUGCACCAGUUGCCAAGGAUUGAAAUUUUGAUCACAUGAUCAUGAGGAUGCUGCAACAGUUGUAAGUGUAAAAAAUGUCAUAAGUGGCUGUUCUAUCUUCGAACGGCCACUAAACAAAUAAUAGUAAGCCAAGAACUAUAUAUAUUUCCUGAAACCAGCUGAAGCCCUUCUAAAACUUAUUAUUGAAUUUUUUUUCUAUCUUCUAGCUCAGGAAUCUUCUUAAAUCUUGUGUUUUCUUACAGAGGAUCAAUAAUAUUGAAGUCUAGGAACCAUAAAAGCAAUUCCAUAAUGUUUAUCUUUCUUUUUUAUAAGGAUCGUGGGUUGUUUUGGAGGUAUAUUUUAGAUCAUGGUUUUGUUAAAAUAUCCAACGUCAAUUUCUUCACUGAUUGUUGAACAUUAAUGUUAAGACCAAGAAAAUAUCUCACAGAACUGCUCUGAAACUUGGUAAGAUCUGCAAAUCAGAUCAUUCAAAUGAUCUGAAAACAUAGAGAAAUUCUUCACACUAUAAAUAUAAAAACUAGUGCUGCUUAUACAAUAAUAAUUCUGCUUGGGAGAAUUGUCAGGAGAUCAUUUUUCCAACCUCAUGAGAAAAGUGUCUGUCUGAAGUAUGCAGAGAGAGUAUAAACCUGAAAUAUUUGGGAACAAUAAAGUACUUUGAAUUGAUGGGACAAAAAUCAAAGUUUUAGGCCCCAACUAUUCAAGAUAAAUUUUGAGAGGAAAAAGGUUGAAGAGUUGAAUAAAAGAAUAUCUUGCUAGCUGUUAAGCUUACAGGUGACUCUAUAAUGCUUUGAUAUUGUGUGGUAGGCAGUAGUGUAGGAAAUAUUGUGUGGGUGGAAGAUGAAGGAAUUCAACUAAAAAUAUUCUAGAAGCUGAUGUCCCAAAAUCAUUAAAUACAUGAGAUGAGAAAACAAAAAGCAAAUCUUAAAUUUAGUUAUACCAGAUGUAAAUCCUUGGAGGUGAACCAUGUCAGGAAACAGGCAUGGUAUGAAUUACUGAAACUUUGAUUAUUAUUUUAGAUUAUAGUAAUAAAACCUUGAAGAGCUGCCAGAGAUUCUUUCUCUCCGUUCUUAUGCUAUAGACAAUCAAAGUGGGGUAAUCUUGAGUUUUGUACUCACCCUUUGCUGCCUAUCCAGGUAAGUUGACAUUUAUACAACAGAUGUUAAUUCCCCUUUUCAAAUCCAUCUCUAUACUCUUGAUUGUGAUACUUUCAGUGAGGACAUGGCAACAGAUAUAGACAUCCCUGAAGGAGUGGGGAUAGUAUUACAACUAAGAUUAGCAAUCAGAGGAUGGAUCCUGCCUGGAGAAAUCUCCCCAGAAAAAGGAAGGAUUGCAAGAUGACCCAUAGCUACUCUGGACAACUGUUCUUCAUGAGUAGACUGUUGGAACUGAGUGGAUGAAUUUUCAUUAGAAAAAGAAGUUAUAAGAAAGAAUUUAAGACUUAGAAAAAUUCUAAGAUACUAGAUAAAAACGGGGAAAAAAUUACAAUUAAAAGAGAAGAACACAAGUUCAAUUUGUCAACAGGGUAAGGAACAAAAUACUUCAACUUUGGUCAAUUGAAGAAUAUUUGUGAACAAUGGAUUCAGAAGUUAAUUUUAAUAAUGUCUGCCAUUAUAGAUAGACUGUGAGUAAAUGAUGUUAUGGAAGAGGAACAAAUUCUACCAGACAAUUCUGAAAUUGAUUUGAAUUUUCCUACACUGGAUUUACAAAAUAAAAAACAGGAAAAGAAAUAAAAUUCUAGGACAUUAUUUGAAGAUUUAAAGACCAGUAAAAGUAAAGAUAAGUUAGAAUUCUUUAUUAGCCAAGUGUAAAUGGACACACAAGGAAUUUAUCUUUGGUACAUAUGCUCUCAGCGUACAUAAAAAGAAAAUAUACAUUCAUCAAGAAUCAUAAGGUACAACACUUAAUGAUAGUCAUACUGUAGGAUACAAAUAAGCAAUCAAAUAUACUAGGAAACAAUAUAAAUUGUAAGGAUACAGCAACAAGUUAUAGUCAUAAGGAAUAUAAAGUUGGUUUACUUGAUUAAGAUUAAAAUAGAUAUGCUCCUCUGAUUAGCAAAAUUGACUUGCUGAUUAGGAUUGAACAAUAACGUGUUAAUUUUUUUAUAGAUAAGAGAUGAGUGAUGAGAAGAAGAAAUUAUUUGUUGUAUUUCAAGAGAAAAUUAUCAAUUAUUAAAAUUGUUUAUAUUUGUUGUGAAAAAGUAAAAAGUUAUCUCAUUUUUUUCUUCAGCUUAUUGUUAUUUUUUUUCUGCAUUAUCUAUUUUUAUUUUUAUUCUUUUUUAGUUUGUGUUAGCUUUUAUCUUGUUAAUUGUAACAUUUAAUGAAAUUUAUUGUUUUAAAAAGCCAUCUUUGUACUCUUCUACAUCAUUCCUUAUACAAAGAUUCAUACCUUUUUCUUUGCAAACCAUCCUAAUUUCCAUCAAAUCUACACAUCCCAAGCAGUCAAAAUGUUCCUUUGGCUGAAUUGUGAGACACUAAUAAGUGUGCUAUGCAUGGAAUAAACAUAUGUAUCAUUUCAUGCAUACCACUAAUCUUCAGAAAUAUUUUUGAAAGUCACGCAGCCAUAAGCAAGACACAUUUAUAUUUUAAUAUUCUCCAGUUAUACUAUUUAUACACACAGCCUUACUAUUCUCCAAAAUUAUCAGAUUGAUAUUUAUUUACUGUUUUUCUCCCUUGGGCAAUUAUAUUUUGAUGUAUGACAAUAAUUCCAAUUCAAAUGUGGUUUUUUUAGAAGUCUCUCCUUUCAGUUUCACCCCUAAAUAAUUUGUUGUUAUUUUUAAUUUUAUUCUCUCUGCUGAAGGCUUCUUGUUUAGACCUUUUUACUCUUUCCAAACAAGUGUUUUAUUUCCAUUAAAUAUAUGUUGUGUUUUCUCUGCCCUUAAUAUUAAUAAUAAUUUCUUUUUGACUACAUUUUAUGCAGCUAUAAUGAAAUCUUGUUUUAACAAAUAAACUAGAAAAAGGUGUGUCCAUUAUAACUGAUCAUUAAAUGCAAAAGUAAUGAUUUCAUUAUGCAAAGAUCCAAUUAUAGCAUUUAUAUCCUUUUAUUUCAUUUGAAUCAUACCAACAAUUUAUAAGUUUUGGAUCUUUUUAUGCUACAUAAACAAUACAAAUGAUGUAAUUUGUAUUAUCUGCAUAAUGUCAAGGUGCAAAUGACAUGAACCACUGUGGAUGUUUGAUCAAUUACAAAUGGUCCACUGUAUAGAAGUCUGUAUCUUUUUCUAUUUAUACAUAUUAUAAAAUAUCCUUCAUGCUCAUUUUUGCAGCAUUCUCUUAUUUGCAUUAUUUCUUCAUCUGUAAUGACUUUCAUUUCCUCAUCUCAUGAACUCUUCUUUUUCAUUUUUCCAUUAGCAUAAAUCUGCACAUUUCCACAACAUUCUUAUUGUGGAACAUAUUUUUGUACUUUGUCCAAACAGCCUCCAGGUCCUUCUUCUCUAUGUCCACUUCCCUUCAUUUGGUUGUGAGAUUAAUCUAUUAGUCUUCUAAUAUCUUGUUCGAGGCAAUACACUGACUCUGUAAACCUCUUAGAGAGUUCUGUAAAGCACUAUCAAGUGGUAUAUAAGUCUAAGUAUUAUUGCUAUUCCUCCACCCACCCACCCCGUCUUUCCCUCCCCAUUUUUAAACUAUAAUUCUAUCUUUGAUUGUAACUCAGUAACUUUAUCAUUUGAAGAAUACUUAUCUUUUAUGGUUCUAAUGCUUUUAAUGCUGUAAGCUGCUCAGAGUCUCUUCAGAACAAAAUGGGUGGCAAAUAAAUCUGGUAAAUAAAUAAAUAAUAAUAAAUUCAAGAUUCUUACUUGGUCUUCAUAUAGUUGUUCUACUUUUGCUUUAGUUUUUUCACUUCUUUUCUCUUCAAGCAUAUUCAUUUCUCUUUGUUUUCAAUAUUACCAAGAAAUAGUCUAUUCAACAAUCCAAAAUCUUCCAUUGCCCUUCUCUCUCCUCCCUUAAUUCCCGCGGUCUUCAAUCAGAAAAAAAUUGUACCAAUUAUAAUUCCAGAUUUAUGAUGACUCUUUGACAUUCAUAUGCAUAUCUUAACGAAAUAAUUAACCAUCUUUCUAUUUAACUCCAUGGGCUGAAGGAAAAGUUUUGGGAAGCACUGCUAUGGUGGAAAGGAGAAGGCAGAAAUUACAGUUAGGCUUCGUUGUUUCAGUUUAUCCCCCUUUAGCUAAUGGGAAAACAUUUUGCAGUAGAGCAGAUGGGUGAUUCAAAGGAUACAAAUUAUCUGGAAAAGAGACCUGUCCAUUUGUAGCUGCAUCUUUGGGAUAUUUGAGCCACGGUGGUGCAAUAGUUAGGGUGCAGUACUGCAAGCUAAUUCUGCUGCCUGCAGGCUGCGUGCAAUUUGAACUGUGUGCAACUGCGUGCAGUUCAAAUCUCACCAGGCUCAAGGUUGACUCAGCCUUACAUUUAUUUAUUUAUUUAUUUAU